GUUUGAACCUUCUUGAGCCGCCCUCGGAGAUGUGAAUUGGCGCUUGACCACAAAUCUGGAUGGAGAGACUUUCAUCGGUCACCUCCACGGGGAGGUCUGUGCUGAGCCAUUGGGGCUUUGCUCGGGCUCAUUCAAAGUUGCUUCAUCGAAAGCUUUCCAUUGGAGGUGGGGCCAGAAGUGGUGCAGCACAAAGUUCUGCAGGAGGACUGUCAAUCUUGGCCUUUGUUGGGGUGCUGCCCAGCCUGAGCAAGAAGCGAGAGCGAGGGCGAAGGAAACUGGGAAGAUGUUCCGGAGGUGGCCUUUCAACCACAUGGGUCAGCGGUAUCCGAGAUAUUGCAGAUCAAUAUGACGCCUUCAUUUUGGAUUUGUGGGGCGUGGUUCACAAUGGGGCAGUGGCAUUUCCUUGGGCAAAAGAGACCCUGAUGGAGCUCAAACGGCUGAGGAAGCCGGUCCUCUUUCUCUCCAACUCCUCCCGUCGCCGCGAAACCAACAGCGCCGCCUUGGAGAAGCUGGGUGUUGGCCCCGACCUUUACGUUGACCUCAUCACCAGUGGAGAGGUCAGCUGGAGGAUUUUGGCAGGUGCAUGCGACGUCAUGGACCACAUCACCACGAUCAAGGAGGCAAAGAACAUCCUUACCUUUGGAAAUGGCAGUGAUGAUGUUGAGUACAUGCGAGCGCUGAAGGAGAAGAACGUUGCAGCUGAUGCGGCGGAGGCGGACUUACUGCUGGCGCGAGGCUGCUUCAGUCUUUAUGGUCCAGAGGUUAAGCAGGCAAGUUGGGAGGACUUGCCUGUGCCACUGCGAUCAUCCAGACCUACCACAGAUCAUGUGAUCCAGGUGGUGCCCGUGUAUAUCGAUCAUGUUGAGGAUUUUGACGCUCAACUUCGCCUGGCCGCAGCUGGACGUGUGCCGAUGCUGGUUGCGAACCCCGAUGUGGUACGGCCUGAUGGAAACGACAGCCCCAUGCCUGGAAGGCUGGCGCAGCGCUACCGAGAAUUGGGUGGGCCUGAUCCAACCUUCGUGGGAAAGCCAUACGCAGAGGUCUUCCAAUUAGCACUUGAACGGUUGCAGGAGGCCGGCGUGCCUGCCACAGCUCGAGUUUGUAUGGUGGGGGAUAGCGUUCGUCAUGACGUGCGCGGUGCUUGUGCUGCUGGCCUUGAUGUUGUGCUCCUGUGCAGUGGUGUGCACAGUGAAGCACUUGGUCUCGAGCAAGCCCCAGCUCCGCCACGUCGGCCAUCAGAAGAGAGUUUGCGGGGGUUCUUGGGUGCUUUGCCCCCGGAGGAGACCCCAACCUACGUGACCGCGGCACUGGCCUGGGGCGAGGUGGAGGAUGGGCGGGUUUCAGAGGAGAGUGAGGUAGCGGUUUGUGGCUUAGCCUGUGUGGACAUUGCCCAGGAAGUGGAGGCAUUCCCAGCAGCAGAUGCCAAGG